AUGACUGCGUCUACUGCCGUCGCCAAGAAGGCCGUGAAGUGGCACAAGCUCUCGUACGCGCAGUUCGUGCUGCACGAGGCCAAGCGCGAGCACUUCCAGCCCUUCCUCAUCGCUGGCGUCGCUGCGUGGGUGAUCUGCGGCAUCCUCCCGACGCGUGGCGCCACGCAGGAGGACAAGGAGAAGAGCAACUACUGGAAGCGCACGAACGGCAAGUUCGACUACAGCCACCACUAG